CGCUCCCUCCCGCCCGGGUCCGGCUCAGCUGCCGCGGGUCGCCGCUCGGCCUGUGCGUCCGUCGGUCGGGCGGCUCGGCUCUCCGUCCGUCGGUCCGUCCGUCCGUCCGCCCGGCGCCCCGGCGCCCCCGCCCCGCGCCCGCAUGGCCGCCAUCCAGGCGCUGCAGCAGUGGUGCCGGCAGCAGUGCGAGGGCUACCCGGGCGUGAGCGUCACCAACAUGACCACCUCGUUCCGCGACGGCCUGGCCUUCUGCGCCAUCCUGCACCGCCACCGGCCCGACCUCAUAAACUUCGAUGCUCUCAGGAAGGAAAACAUUUAUGAGAACAACAAAUUGGCCUUCCGCGUGGCCGAGGAGCAGCUUGGCAUCCCGGCCCUGCUGGACGCGGAGGACAUGGUGGCCCUGAGGGUGCCGGACCGGCUGAGCAUCCUGACCUACGUGUCCCAGUACUACAACUACUUCCACGGCCGCGCCCCCAUUGGGGGCGUGGCCGGCACGAAGCGGCCCCCCGAGGGCUGCGAGGAGGAGCCGCGGGGGAAGAAGGCCCCGGCCCAGCUGCAGGGGCGGAGCGCGGGGGCGGAGCGCGCACCCCCAAAGGCCGUCCGGGCCGGCGGCUCCGUGAGCAGCACCUGCGCGGCCUGCGGCGGUCACGUGCACCUGGUGCAGCGGCACCUGGUAGACGGCAGGCUCUUCCACCGCAACUGCUUCAGGUGUGAGCGGUGCUCCAGCACCCUGCGCUCGGGGGCCUACAGGGCCACUGCAGAGCCGGGCGUCUUCGUCUGCACCAGCCACCCCACCACCACCCACUCUGCAAGCCCCGCGCCACCAGACCUGGCCGCCCCCACAGACCCCAGGCCCCCCAGAGCCCUGGGGAAGGCCCGGGAGGUGGCUGAGCCUCGAGAAGCAGGGCCAGGGACCCGGUGGUCAGCUCGGGAGCCUGUGGUGGGCAACUCCACUGCCAAGGGUUUUGUUCUGGCUGCCCCCAACCCUGCCACCACCACCUCCUCCCUCGCCCUCAUGGGGGUCCCGGCCCAGCCCAGGCUCUCCACGGGCCCCAGGGCUCCUGCCCCCUUGGGCGGCAAGGCCGGCACGCGGGUGACCAACAGCUCCCUGGCAGGCUGGUCGUUGCCGGCUCGGGGCACCGCGGCUGUCAGCCCCUGCCCCGCCAUGCCCCCGGCUAUCCCGGACCCUCACCUGGCCGUGUCACAGGACUGGGCCUCCUGGCGAGGGGCUCAGCCGGAGCGCAGCCCAAGCCCGGCGUCUCUCGGCACAGCCGCCCCAGCCUGGACCCCGUCGGCCUCCAGGACCCAGCAGGCCCGGGAGAAGUUCCUCCAGACGCCCACGGUGCCACCCAGCAGCGGCCUGGCCCCGGGGCCUGAGAGAGCAGCGCUGGGGCGCCCGGCUCCCGUGGACGCACCCUCGGGGGACGGCAGCAGGCAGCAGGCACUGAGCUUCCUCAGGAAGACCCUCCCGGGGCUCGGGGCGACGGGCGCUCAGGCACCUGGCAGGCCUGCCCCAGCCGCCUCCCCUGCCCCCAAUUCCCGUCCCAGAGCCGAGGGGUCUGCAGCCAGCCCCUCAUCCAAGCCCUCCCCAUCGGCGUCUCCCCCGGCUCCCAGAGCUGCUACGAGGACUGGGCCGUCAUCGUCCCUGGGUGUGGACACCACCCCCCAGUCAUCCGUGUCACCCCAGCUGGGCAGGAAGGGCCCAAGUGUGUCCUCGGGUGCCAGUGGGGGAGCUGCUGGCCCCGGGGUGAAGCCAGAGGCCCCGAUGGUGAAGGGCCCAAGCGCCAGCCCCCAGGCAGGGGGGGAGGACGGGCCGACCGGAUGGAGGGCACGUCUGAAGCCCGUGGCCGUGAGGGCCCCCGCGCAGAGGGCUCUGGAGCUGAAGGAGCCAGGGGGGCCGGGAGAGCUGAGAGCGGGCGAUGUACCCAGGAAGGUCUCAGGGAGCCCCAAGGGGGGCGUCCGCAUUACGCUGACCCCCGUGCAAGCUGAGCGAGUGCCGGACACAGCUGGUCCUGGGCCCAGCCUCUCAGCAGCUGCAGCCCCCUCCCCGUCCCACCGCAGGAAGCUGGCCAUCCCUGCCAGCCUGGACAUCUCUGGGGACUGGCUGCUGCCCGAGCCCCCCAGACGGAAGGAGGAGGACAAACCAGGGAUGCCCUCGGGCCCAGCCGGCGUCCCCCCUCCAUCCGACAAGGCCGUGACCUCCCCCGUCAGGCUGCACCCCGACUACGUGCCCCAGGAGGUCAUCCAGAGGCAGGUGCAGGACAUCGAGCGGCAGCUGGACGUCCUGGAACUCAGGGGCGUGGAGCUGGAGAAGCGGCUGCGGGCGGCCGAGGGAGAUGACUCGGAGGAUGCCCUCAUGGCGGACUGGUUCCGGCUCAUUCACCAGAAGCAGCUGCUGCUCCGGCUGGAGUCGGAGCUGAUGUACAAGUCCAAGGAGCAGCAGCUGGAGGCGCAGCAGCUGGACAUCGAGGGCGCGCUGCGGCGGCUGAUGGCCAAGCCUGAGGCCCUGAAGUCGCCCCGUGAGCGGCAGCAGGAGCAGGAGCUGCUGCAGCGGUACGUGGGCACCGUGAACGACCGCAGUGACAUCGUGGACUGCCUGGACGAGGACCGGCUCCGGGAGCAGGAGGAGGACCAGGUGCUGCAGGACAUGAUCCAGAAGCUGGGCCUCCGCAGUGGCGGCGGGGACCAGAGGAAGAAGUCCAAGUUCAGCUUGUCCAAGAUCUGGUCUCUCCGGAGCAAGAAUGGGACCCCCGAGUGAGCCGCGGGGGGCUGCACGGACCCCCCUGCUCUGGGCCCGGGCACUGGGAGGGGCGCAGGGCAGGAGCCCCUCAAUAAAGAGGCUGCCACGUGA